GAGGUGGACCGCCUAUCUUAAAGUCGCUGAUACAUGAUGUUAGUUAUCACCGUCCCCGCUCUCAACUUUCUUGAUUCCAACCUUCAACCUCCUUCAAAAAACCAUCUUUACCACCAUCAACAUCAACAUCAUCUACCCCUUCCGGCCACCCAUCUGUUUGCUCCUUUUCCUUGCUUGCCUUGUUUUUCUUCUGGCUGUUAUAUUCUUUCAAUUUCUUGUUUAGGGCCGGUUUCAUUUCGGUUCUCCUUUUGGUUUCGUGUUGCGAUCUAUCUCCUCGCGUUUCACCCGGCAUAUACGUACUCCAUCUAUUGAAACCACCGUCACAAGUUAUCUUACCCUCUUCGAUCCCGCGUCAAUGAACUCGAUCUUCACCAACAAUCUUGAUUCUCACUCCUGUAUAGGCUUCUAAGAUACGCCGACAUUCUGGGCCGCUGUUUCUGGCCCAUUUUGGCUUCACCUCCUCUUUUAUUCAUCAACGAACGAGUCUCGUGCGCUCCCACCCCUCUUUGACACAAUGUUCUCUGCCAUGACACCUCCUUCUCUACUCUCCGUGGACCCUAUCACCCUUCCUUCAUCUCUGUCUGCCAUAUCUCGCCCAAAAUCAGCACAGAAUGCCGUCUACGACCAGGGGGAUUUUAAUCCCAAAGAACUGCAUCCCCACCAGUAUCACCACUCCCAGGAACUAGAAAUCCAACACCACCGGCAACUCCAACCCCCACCCAACUUACAACACCAGCCUCCAUCAAUCGAGCUGGAAAUGUCUGAUCUUGUGACGCCUGGUUCAACCGUAGCACCCCGCAUCCUCUUUGGUAACCUGCCAACUGAGAUCCAUGAGUCAAUUCUAGACCAUCUCUUUGGGGUCCGCGGCUCCACCCUUGCUUCCCUAUCCCCCAUCAAAUCGAGCGCGAACAGCUGGAGUAAAGCCCUACGGCAUCCUCGCCGAAAAGCUCUCUCAGACCUGGCACUGGUUUCCUCUCAAUGGCGCCCUUUGGUACAAGAGCGAAUUUAUCGACAUAUUCAGGUCAAGGGUACCGCUGAUGGGCUACUCGACUGUUCUGAUUGGUUCUUGUCCCACUCUCAUCUUUCUGCGUACGUCCGUCAUAUCGAAAUAUGGAUCCCGGUAUGGGGAGAUCGAAUGCCAAAGGGUCGCCCGCGACACUACUACCGCCCUCACAAUGGAAUCGAGGACUCGAACCUAGCCAGCGUGGCAUCAGUGCUUCAAGCGACUGUUGCUACUUUUGAAAAUACCUCAAGUAACAGCGCGAGUACUUCCAAUUUUAGAUUCUCCAGCCGCAACGCCACCUUGCAACAAAUAUUUUGUCACGUUUCCUACUUUUUCCCUCACGCACGGAUCUUAACCUUGGAAGGCGGCCACUGCAAGAAACCACCAAUGAUCAGGCAUUUUGAUAAUGACCCGUGGGGUCAAUCGGGAGAGGAAAGCCUCGAGGUGCUUCCGAACAUUCAGACCUUUGUCAUGAGGGGUGCUUGGAAUAUCAUGAGGGACUACCGGCAUUGGUGUAACCUUGCCAAGGCAUUGCCUAAUCUGCGCGAAUGGGACUGUGCCUAUGCGAAACGAAAAUUGGAAGCUCAUGUUACUAUAUCCAAGGCUCUCGCCAACUUCCCGAGAACAAUUACCCGACUGGACAUCAGCUUAGAAGGCUUCUACAAUAAGGCAAGCUCACAUUCGCGAUGGUUUGGUACAGUUCAUGCAGAACCACACCUCUGCCAGCUUUUGGGUGCCAUUGCACCCCAACUGGAAUCCUUGACCUUUACAGGAAAGGUUUGCGCAUGUUUAUUCAAGCACGCACGAGCGGCCAUGCUCACAAGUCACGCAGCCUCGAGACUGAAAUCAGUAGACCUUGUGGUGAAAUCCUGCUGUCGCGAGCAACCAUCCCAUGAUGAUGGCUCCCCAAUGUUAAACGACCUGUCCGGUAUUACCAAUAUAAACUUCAUCAACUCGUUCGAGAAGCUGGUUGUCGCGGCAGUGAGGUCACUGGACGCAUUUGUCACUCUGAACCACAUGCGCAUUAGGUUUAUCGAUCUUGAUUCUGCUAGCCCCCUGGGCCUUCUCAAUCCAUACUUCCAGCUCGUGGACAACAAAUGUAUUGGCCUAUGGAGUGAGACUAUCCUCGACGCGCUACACGGAGCGCGUCAACAUGCAGAGUUCGAGCUACUCGACGACGGCAUACUUCCCCAAUAUGGAAUCAAUGUUCAAACAGCGUCGAGAGUAUUUCCUCGCACCCGGCCACUCAGUAUCAAAGCAAGUUCAUAUAAGAUCAUCGCUGACAAGUCAAAGUUGUGAAAAGCUCAGUUUGUCUGGCCAGCUUCCAGUCAUAUUCAUUUUCUAUUCAAAUUUGUUCCCAAUUUCUCUUUCUCUUCCUGCUUGCUCAUUUGCUUUUUCUAAAAAACAAUUUACCAGCCCCUAAUCUAUACUACUAUAUUUCAAUUUCGAAUCCUGUCCGACGUUGAAGCUCAGCUUUGCUAGAGAACUAAUCUUGUCAUCCCUCGUUUAUAUCACCUCACCUUGUCUACCCGGUGUCAUUCGGUUUUCGUGGCGCUGGAGGCGUCAUUUCUAGAAAGGUUUAUUUCCUAAUUUUCAGCGUGGCGCUAGGCUUGUCUCUUUCUAAAGAGAGAAGAAACUGUUUUCAUAAUUAUCAAGCGAUAGAACCCACUUUUUGCAAGCUUGUUUAAUUCAUUAAUUAUUCUUACAGUUCGGAAUAGGCCGCGGCUAUGUAAUAGAUAUACAUAAGUCACCAACGGCAAUCCCUUCCCUCCAAAUCAACAAACCCUCCACUGCACAGGCUCUCCGUUUCUCAUAUUGUUCCCCCUAUACAGUAGGACCAGAGCGAAAAUUGUCCGUCGAUUAUUAACAGUGUUAGUUAUAUUUAUCUAUUCGUGGCCAGCAUGUAACAUAGAAACUUCCAUGACGAGCCAAGCAUUUCUUUCACUCCAGGCCCCUUGCGGCCUUUUUUCCCACCCUCGCAGCUCCACAUGCGCACAAGGUAACGGAGUUGCCUGAGCGUGAGCCGACAUCAGCAACAAUAACGGCUAAGAUCCCAAUGUUGACCAAGAAAAAGAAUAAGGAAGCGAGGAAGAGGCCCGGAGUAAAAGUGGAGAGACCAUAGAAUUCGAGAAGAAACCCCGGAUACAGCCAGAGAGCCUGGCCACCAAUCCAGAAGGCAAGGGCGCUGAUACCGAUGAGCGGUCUUUUCAUGAAGGAAGAAUAUGGCAGGUAGAGGGGGAGAAAGAUCAUGUACCAGAGAAAGUACUGGAAAUUCUUCUAUUAGACACCAGUAGUUCCGGCACUAGGGCAAGAGGUGAAAAGCAAUGGGCCUUACGAACCUGACUCGUGCACACUUUAUUGAAUGUCACAAACGCAAAAGUCUGCGCCAGCAUAGUGCCUGCUAUAUCCUUCUUGGCCAAAACAAUUGGGAUUAAAACAGCCGAGAGGACAAGUUGGGGAAUGAAUGCUAGUGACUCCAGGCGGUUUCCUGACGAUGUGCCUUGAGCAGCAGUGGAGGAAGAGAGAUACAGGAGCAUAUUGUAGGGUGAGAAAUUAUGCCGAUGAUCAACGCGGGUGAGGUGAUGCAGAUAUGUAUGCUGCAUAAAUGGAAGGCCGUAGAUGACAUACAUGGAGAGGUUGAGGGCGGAAAAGACCGCAAGCGAGGUGAGGGUGAGAAGGAUGCGGGAUGGGUUGAGAAACGAGGCUAAGCGAUUAAUCAUAGAUGGUAACAAGAUACCAACUGCCUCUUCUGUAUGACUCUCGUCGUUUUCUAACAGCCAAAUGAUCGACAGGGCAUAGAUGAACGGAUAUAUCUUAAAAUGCACCCCAAUACCUAGGAGGGCGCCAGCUAGCGCAACCCGUUUUUCUAAGACAGCCCAAAGCAGUGCCAUAACUAUGACGCUCAACAACCCCUCCGAACUGCCCCUCGUGCUAAUUGUAGCAACCAUGGGAUUAAGUAGCCAGAUGCUAGCGUACUUGAGCGCGCGCGGCAUAUCCAUUUGCAUAAGCCGCUGCUGGCGGAGAACUCGCACGAUUAACCAACCAGCCACGAUGUCGGCAAGGGCAAAUAAUGCUUUGCCAAAGGCGAACCAGAAACUACCGCCCCACACCGUCGGCACAAGGAGCCAGGCUAGCAACGGGGUGUAGCGGUAUGUGGCGCGGUCAUAGGGAGAGCGACCCUGUGAGACAAACUUUGCAGCAUCUGUGAAGACGAAAUAGUCGAUGUCGGUGUAUUUCAUGGGAGAGUGGGCAUCUUGGUAGAGCCCGUAGAAGAGGAGUACAACUCGGAGAAAAAUUGCGGCAGAAAACACCCGAGUUGCAGAGUUGAAUAAAGACUGCAUGGCGAAUUUUCAGAAAUA